UCCACCGAAAGAAUCUCCCUAUUAAAUCAGAAUCAUCCUCCUCCCAAAUCCAUUUCCCUUCUUCUUCGCACAUACAAAAAUCAAACAAAGCAAACGACCAUUUAAAAAAAUAUAUAUUAUGUUUUCCAAUUGACCAAUUCCCUAAUAAAUCAACGGAAAUCAACAACCCAGACGAGAAAAAGGUCGCUCCUUUCCCCCCCUUUUCCUCUCUCAACGAAGCAAGAAUCCAAGAUCAAGAAAAGGAAAUGGAUAAGAUCUCGUCGCCGUCGACGCCGGGGAAGUACAAGGGCGAGAGGCCCAACUACCAGCGCCUCCUCCGCCAUUCCUCCUUCUCGAGGUUCGCGUUCUUAUCCUGCGCCUGCGCCCUCGCUCUCUUCCUCUUCUUGCAUUCAACGGGCCCCACUCCCUCGUCGUCAUCAUCAUCCAAGCCCUCGUCGCUGAUGCGCCGAUCUCUGUGGACCUCGUCGUCGUCGUCGCGUGCGCCGCCAUGGGGCGGACCGCAGUGGGAGAAGAAAGUUCGAGACUCCGCCAACCGACGCAAGGGCGGCAUCGCCGUCUCGUCACCGAGCCGCCGUUUCGUCGGUAGCCACGUUUCGUCGUCAAGCGACGCUGUCAUCGGCCUCGAUUGCUUCAACGACUACUACGAGCCCUCGCUCAAGCGCGCUCGCCAGGCUCUCCUCGACCGCUACGGGGUGUUCGUCGUCGAGGGCGACAUCAACGACGAUUCACUCCUCAGCAAGCUCUUUGAUGUUGUAGCUUUUACCCACAUCAUGCAUCUCGCUGCCCAGGCCGGCGUCCGCUACGCGAUGAAGAACCCUAGCUCGUAUGUUCAUAGCAACAUUGCUGGCCUUGUCUCCCUCUUUGAGGUCGCGAAGUCCGCGAAUCCCCAGCCGGCCAUUGUCUGGGCCUCCUCGUCCUCGGUCUACGGGCUUAAUACUAAGGUGCCGUUCUCGGAGUCUCACCGGACUGAUCGCCCUGCUUCUUUGUAUGCGGCCACCAAGAAGGCCGGAGAGGAGAUUGCACAUACUUAUAACCAUAUCUACGGGCUUUCGAUCACGGGGCUGAGGUUCUUCACUGUUUAUGGGCCUUGGGGUCGCCCAGACAUGGCUUACUUCUUCUUCACCAAUGACAUUCUCAAGGGGAAGCCUAUUACAAUCUUUGAGGGGGCGAAAGGGGAGACUGUGGCGAGAGAUUUUACCUACAUUGAGGACAUUGUUCAGGGGUGUAUUGGUGCGCUUGAUACAGCGGAGAAAAGUACUGGGGUAAAGGGGAAGAAGAAGCGGCCGGCGCAGCUUAGGAUUUACAAUCUCGGGAAUACGUCGCCGGUUCCGGUUAAAGAUUUGGUGAAGAUUCUUGAGAAGUUGUUGAAGGUGAAGGCCAACAAGAAAGUUGUGAAGAUGCCGGCGAAUGGGGAUGUGCACUUCACUCAUGCUAAUAUUAGUCUUGCUCAGAAGGAGCUUGGGUAUCAUCCGAGGACUGAUCUCAAGGCCGGGCUGAAGAGGUUUGUUCGCUGGUAUAUAGAGUACUAUAACCCUCCUGGUGCUGCAUCGAUGGCCAAGAAGAAUGGAAAGAGUAGCUCGAGCUAACAGAAGAUGGGACUGGACGCUUCUGCAGCUGGAUUGUGACUGAAAAUUGUUCUGCAUCCGAGAUUGGUUUGCUUUUGCUCCAGUUCUUCUCAAUACCAAUCCAUGCCUUGUAAUCUGUUCAUCUUUCGGUCACGGUGCUUCUAGAAGGAAAAAGUGGUAUUUUUAUGGGUGACUUGAUUUUGAUGCUGAUGUGAGAAGAAGAAAGGAAAGAGAGCAGUAGACCAUGGGAAGAAAGAUUGAUUCUUGUCCAUUCUUUGUGUGGAUUGGGAUAUGGCAGCAGCGUUACAUGUGAACUCUAAUUUGCGAGUUAGGUUGUAUACAAUUUGGGACUUAUAUUAUAUUUGGCAUUUUUCUUCUCACGGACAUUUGUAUAAAUUGACGAUAGGCAAGUUUAAGCCAAGGCAGUACCAUUUGAAAAAACUUUCCAUUAGGUAAAGAGAGGUUCACACGUAAUGCACAAGGAUGCAGGUUCUCAUUA